GCUACAACUCCCGCACGCAAUAUCAGCCAUAAAUGCUUAACGUAUGGGAAAUUUCAAUGGACCACAAAGUGGAGAGAGAUAGAGAUUUCCUGCCGUCAAAGGAGAUCAAACUCUCUUAGGUAUUGAGAGCAGAGCCAUAAACUACAAGUACCAAAGUACAACAUUAUGCCACGAUGGUGGGAGUUAGUACCAUUAUGACUUGAACUCGAAUUCCAGUUCUAACAUAAACUGGAAUUAAAAACGCAAUUCCAAACUCUAUGGUUCGGGAUUUCCUCAAGUCUCAAAAGGCCGACUAGACGACAAGCAACUGAAAGUAAAAUGAAAUGGUUUGGAUAUGGAUUCAUAAUGUAGUGUAGUUCUUGCGCAAAUUAAUUGUUUGCAUAUCAUUUCGUGACAUGUUUUUGCGUGUUGUUCUUGUAAAAUCCGCAGAUUUUUUUACAUUACUUCUGGAAAAAAACGUGGUCUGCUUUUGGGCAAUUUCUUUGCAGUAAUAAUCUUUGUGACAGAGAGCUUUCGCGAAGCUCGAGAGGUUAGGUCAGCAGGAAAAAAAACAACGAAAAUUAACAUAAAGUCGUGAAAAAAAGAAUAAAAAAUAUACUCACGCUUAUUUGUUUACGGUAUUUCCAAAGAUUUUCUCAUUGGAGCCAAAUUUACACAGCUCGUAUAUGAAGCAGGGACACCUGUGAUAAGGCUGAGGGAGGAAGUGGCGCUCUUCCAUGAAAAUGACAGAACUGCCCGUCGGAAAAUUUAAGAUACCAAAAAUCGCGUUUUCUUGAAUUGGCCCAAAUAAUUUUUUUAAACCCAAGAAUAAACAAUUCUAAAACUUUUUAAAUUUUCUUUGAAAAUGUUACAUAAAACUUUUAUCAUCUAGUAGAUAAUUCGUGUUGGAAAUAAUGUUAUCUGCAGAACUUAUUUCUCAGAUCAUAAGACUUCAAAAACCCUUGAAGGUAACUUGACAACUUAAUGGGUGGUGAUUUUGGGGUUCUAGCAUCCUAAGCGUUUCAAAAGGGGCGGCACUACUCCCUUCACUCCCAAUAUCUCAUCAGUAAUUCUCCUGACUGUCAGCCAUACACUUCUUAAUAUCUAAGUUUGAAGAAUUUGGUAAUGGAUCGACUAACAAUCUCGUAGUUGAUAUGUUUCUUUAUUCGCAUCACUUGUCUGCUUGAUCUGUAUUGAUAUUAUGGGGAAAAAUUCUGUCCGGGUCACUCAUGGAAGUAGGUUAAGGUAGUAAUGCACCCUGGAAUUUCCUUGCAUCUAUACUCACUUGUGUUUGUGCCUGUUGCACAUUUCAUAUCAUCGAAUGGUUAGGGUAAACUGUAUAUUGUUGGCUAAGAAAAACCGGUUUCUAAUUUCAUCUUUAAUUUGAAGGAUUCCACCAUGACAACUGCAAAGGGUAUUGCUUGCCUUUUCCAAACUGUCGAUGAACAUCCUGAGCCAAUCGACGCGGAGAUUAAAGGUGAAAUUCCUCCUUGGCUGAACGGAACCUUACUUAGGAAUGGGCCUGGUAAGUUCGAGUGCGGUGACAUUCCGUUCAAUCACUGGUUCGACGGUCAAGCACUUCUGCACCGUUUCCAGAUAAAGGAUGGUCAUGUGACCUACGGCAACAGGUUCAUUCGGGGUGAGAGUUACGCGGAUUCUCUGAAACAUGGCUCAGCGAAUCACUUGGAAUUCGGCACUUUCAUUCCCCCAGAUCCGUGCCAGAAUAUUUUCUCCCGUUUCUUCUCGAAGUUUUGGCAUGGUUACGUUCCUUCGGAUAACACGAACGUGAAUAUUUUUGCCAUGAAAGACAAACUGUACGCUACUACCGAGGCGAACUUCUUGCAUGAAUUCGACCCACAGAGUUUGGAAACUCUGAAUAGAGUUGACCUCACUACGGAGUUUCCAGGUAACCACAAUUGAGUAUUUAACGAUAAGGGGAAUAUGGUAUGACUGAAAAGUCGGCGUGAACCAUCCAUUAUCAGUUUGAGCAUAAAUCUAUUUUUAACCCUCCAAGUGCUAUUCACCCGCCAUCACAGAAUAGAUAGCGAGCGAGAUAGCCAAUCAGAUUGCAGCAUUUGUGAUGGAUUGGGAGUAGAUCUACAUUAACUAUUUUACGGUUUCAAGGGUUUUCCUGUAUAGGCUCAAGUAAAACUUGAAACCUGGGGAGGGGUAACCUUUCUUUGAUCAAAUCAGGGAGGCUCUAAUUUAGUACAAGUCGUUUACAUUACUUUGCCCACUGCCAUCUCAGAACUGCACCGGUGUGUCACUGAAUAUGGUUUGGUAAAGGAUAAAGGAAAAAAAAAAGAUAAUAAAAAAAAGGUUUCUCCCCAUCGUCGUGUAGCUAUUUUGGGAUACCUGAGAAAUGCCCAAUCUCCCAAGAUUGUCUUCUUUAACGUGAAAACAGGAAAGCAAAUGAACAAUAGCAAACCGUAGGGCUUAGCGCCCCUUUCAAAGUGAACGGACCGGAUCAAUAUCAGUAUCUGGGCAACUGCCCACCUACCCCUCCCCUAACCCAACAACAGUCUAUUGAUAACAAGUUAGGGUUAAUGUUGGGUUAGGGGAGGGGUAGGUGAGCAGUUGCCCAGAUACUGAUAUUGAUCCAACGGACCUUGAUGAGCCGGUUGUGUCGUUUCUUACAGUAACAGUCAGUUAGUGCGCUGCUUCACUCUCAAGAAAACGGUGCAAUGCCAAGUCUGAAGUAGAUUCAUAGUUAGACCAAUUUAACUGAUGAAUAUCUUAGAAGGCGAGCAAGCUGUCCUGAAGUAAAUGAUCUGUAAGAAAAUGAACAAGAUGCUUACUUCAGUUUUCAUGUAAACAACCCCUUUGUUGACCAGAAAAAUUUGUUAUGGCGACUGCCUCCUAUGAAGGCGAAGCCAUAAUGUAAUCCUGUUGAGUGAGUGUGGGUAACAAUAGAAUACGAACGACCUCUUCGUCCACAACGAAGUCUGCCGAGUUUUACCCUAUAUUCCUCGCUCUUGGCUUUUGUUUGUUUCGGAACAUCUUCGGUCAUUUAACGCUUAAUUACACUGAGUAGUAGCAGGUGAUCACACUGUUUUUCGGUGCUACUAACUGUAUGUCUUGUAGUGUACUAUAGAAAAUUACCGUGUAAAUGCAGAUCUUUCGCGAUUUUGCAUAGGUUUAAGUCUAGUUGAGUUGUUUGAACACCGUUUUAUACGCAAUCUCAUAAUAUCCACCAUCAUCGCUAGUUACAUAUAGGAAAACAAGCUUUUCUUGGUAUAGUCUGCGAUUUAUUUGCGACAUACAUAGGCUGUCAUAAAAAUUGCAUUUCCGUUUAAAUUUUUCCUCAAUUUGGUCUUUGUUUAAAAGGAAAGUUAAAAAAGUAAUUUGAGAUGGAGUCCGGAAUCCAGCACCUGGAAUCUGGAAUCCACAACGUGGAAUCCAGAAUCUAAUACUGUUCUGGAUUACCUUACAUGGGGCGAAAAAGUUAGCUAGUUUAAUCAUUAUUGGAGCCUAGGGGUAGAUCGACAGAGGAACAAUGAGGUUCUUGAGUAAGCACCUUUAAGUUCCCAUUACUAUUACUUUUGUUAUCAUCAUCAUCAUCAUUAUAAUUAUUGUUGCUAUUAAUAUGAUUAUUUAUUACCAUUUAAUUGUGGUUGAGUGUCAAUUAUUCGCUGUAUUCUUGAAUCAUCUUUCUCUUGUGCAACAGGGUUCUCAAACGUAUUUGGGAUGCGGCAGGUUUUCUGUUUUGCAUGCGAGAAAUCUUCUGCAAAGUUAGCUUAUAGCAUUAUUAUAUAACCUCUGGUUCUUUUCAAUGAUAUAAAAAUUGUACUAUACCAGUAGCCAUAUGCUGUCUUAACUGCCUAUUCUUUUUCAAUAGGCGAUGCUAGAAUCGAUAUCGCAACCGCUCAUCCACAGAUAACCCGUGAUGGUUCAGUUCUUAACGUUUCCAUCCAAUUUGGUGCCUACGCCACAUACAACAUCGUCCAGAUACCACCUUCCUCUGGAAAAUCGGACGAGAAACCUUUAGAUGGCGGUAAAGUCCUUUGUUCCAUUCGGCCUACCAGUGGCCUUGGCUACAUGCAUAGCUUCGUCCUCACGGAGCAUUAUCUGGUACUUACCGAAACACCUUUGUCCUGGAAUAUAUUGCGAAUUCUGACGACAAAAUUGUUCGAGUCAAGUGUCGUGGAUUGGCUCCACUGGGAUCCGAACCAACUCUCAAGGUUUCUCGUAAUCGACAGGAAAGAAGGAACACAUGUUGGUGUCUUCACAGCGGAGCCGUUUUUCGUGUUUCACCACAUCAACGCUUUCGAAAAAAACGGCAAGAUUCACCUCGACGCUUGCUGUUACCCAGACAGCCAAAUUAUUGACGAUCUUUACCUACAUAACGUGCGAACCUCCAAAGAAUCUGCCAAAAAGAAUGUUGCUCUUGCAGAAGUUCGUCGUUACGAGCUUCCCCUGGAAGAACUCGGAAAUGUGAAGGAGGGGAAAUCUCUUGUUAGGCGGGCAGAUGGGCUUGACUACAUUUUAUUGAACGCCGGAUUGGAAUUGCCCCAGUUCAAUUACACUGAGAAGAACGGCAAAGAGUACGAGUUCGUAUAUGGCAUAGGGACGAAGAAAUUUGUUUUUGACCAUUUGAUAAAGGUCAAUGUCGAGACGAAGGAGUACAUCACAUGGGAGGAGCCUGAGGGAUUCACUUCUGAGCCUGUGUUCGUGAAAAGGCCUGGCGGGAAGGAUGAAGAUGACGGUGUGGUGCUCUCAUCUGUGAUUAAUACCCGCGACCAGACCACCUCCCUGCUGGUGCUGGACGCGAAAGAUUUCAAAGAGCUGGGCCGAGCGGUUGUAAAUGGAGUUACUCCGAUGAAUCUUCAUGGCUUGUUUAAGAAAUAAUUAUAUAUUUGCUAUUUAGGCGACUUAGCCUAUAUCUAUGCAGCAUGUUGGGGCAAUAAGAAUCUUUUUUUCUUUCCACGCUCCCUCUCUCCACCGUCCAGUCUGACUCUAAAUCAAAUAUGGCCGUCUGAAUAAACGACUGCAAGCUUGAAACGCCAACUCGUUCAAGUAAAACGCCUGCACUGUGGGCGAACGAGUGACCAAGAACCAAUUUCUACUUAAGUUAUCAGUAUAUGUUCAUCAAGAAGAAUGAUGAGAAGAAAUUAGAAUAAAAGUAUGGUAGACAGUGUGGAGAAUUGAUAUUUAGAUAUUGGAAGUAGUAGACCAAACUGAUGGAGCUUUUCCGUUUUCCUUAACAUGAAGGGACCUGAAUCCCGCUGCUGGAACAGAAAGCCAUCUUGAUUCAUUGAAUGCACGAGAAAACCUUCAGCAUUUCAUUCAUUUAGCUUUGCCUAAGUUUGCUGUGAUCUAUUAAAUCUUCUGGGUAUAGGGAGAUUUUACUAGGGUACUAAGGUCCUGUUCGAGAACGAACUUCCAGGACUUAACGCGCGCUGUAUGAUAAGGAGUCGAGCGAGCUGACCGUUUUUUCUUUUUGUUGUCGUUUUUUUUUUCCACUUUUCUGCCAAAACCGAAG